CAUCACAGCGUACUGAUUUUUUGUUUCCAACCUGAAGCAUAGUUUAAAACCCCAUCCGUCACAGGGAGUAAGCAGUCUGUCCAAGGAGGCUCAAAGUGAAAAAAAACACUGCUGCUGAACUGCACAUACUGCAGCUGGUGAGCACAGCAAGUGAAAUAACCGGUAAACAUGAAGACUACAUUAUUUCUUGUCUGCCUAUUAGGGGCAGCUUGUGCUGUCCCAUUACCACAAGAUCCAAAGUCUAGGAGUUUAGAAGAAAGAACAGUAAAUGGUGACCGUGAUAACAAUAGUACAAUCCCAGAAGAAAAGGUUUUCUCUAGUGGAAAUAACGUCACUCUACCUGGAGAUGGAGAUUCAAACAGCAGUUCGGCUGAACAUCCUAAUAGCACUUCAACUGAAGAUUCAAAUAGCAGUUCAAAUGAAAACUCCAAUAGCAGUUCAGAUGAAGAUUCAAACAGCAGUUCAGAUGAAGAUUCAAACAGCAGUUCAGAUGAAGAUUCUAAUAGCAGUUCAAAUGAAAACUCAAACAGUACUUCAACUGAAAACUCCAAUAGCAGUUCAGAUGAAGAUUCUAUUAGCAGUUCCAAUGAAAACUCUAACAGUACAUCAAUUGUAAGCUACAAAAGCAGUUCCAAUGAAGAUUCUAAUAGCAGUUCAGAUGAAGAUUCUGAUAGCAAAGAGAAUGAAGUGGUCAAAGGUGGCAUGAGGAUUAACGACAGUGACCAUGUUGAUGAAUUCAGUGGUGAUAACAAUGAUGACAAUGGCAUUAAAGAAUCUGAUAAUACUGUAAGCAUCAAUGGGGAUAAUCCAGGCAGAAUUACUGCUACUAAAUUUAAUAAAGUAGAGGAUAUUGAUGGAGAUAAGACAGAUAGCAAAAAAGACAACUUCCACUAUGAUAUUUACAGUGUUGACAAAGAAGGUAAACACCAUACAAAUAAUAGAGAUAAUGUAUUAUUUGACUGGACUGGAAACAAUAAUUUCCACAGUGACGAAGUAAAGAGUAUUGCUGAUAACCUCCUUGAAAAAGUAGACCACUAUGAGUUUGAUGAUGAAGGAAUGCAAGGUGAUGACCCCAGCAGAGGUGAUAGCAGUCACUCCACUGACACCACUUCUGCUAACAGUGACUCUAAUGAUGCAUGCAGUUCUAGUGAUUCCAGUGGCUCUUCAGAUUCUAGUGAUUCCAGUAAGUCAUGCAGCUCAAGUGAUUCAUCGGAUUCCAGUGAUUCCAGUGAUUCUGGCUCAAGUGAUUCUAGUGAGUCAUGCAGCUCAAGUGAUUUCAGUGACUCUUCAGAUUCUAGUGAUUCCAGUAAGUCAUGCAGCUCAAGUGACUCAAGCGAUUCCAGUGACUCAAGCGAUUCCAGUGACUCAUGUGAUUCAAGCGAUUCCAGUGACUCAUGUGAUUCAAGCGAUUCCAGUGACUCAAGCGAUUCCAGUGACUCAUGUGAUUCAAGCGAUUCCAGUGACUCAAGCGAUUCCAGUGACUCAUGUGAUUCAAGCGAUUCCAGUGACUCAUGUGAUUCAAGCGAUUCCAGUGACUCAAGUGAUUCCAGUGACUCAUGUGAUUCAAGCGAUUCCAGUGACUCAAGUGAUUCCAGUGACUCAUGUGAUUCAAGUGAUUCCUGUGACUCAAGCAAUUCCAGUGACUCAAUUGAUUCCAGUGACUCAUGUGAUUCAAGCGAUUCUUGUGACUCAAGUGAUUCAAGUGACUCAAGCGAUUCCAGUGACUCCUGUGACACAAGUGAUUCAAACAAUAGCAGCAGUUAGGAAAAUAAAUAAAAUGGCAAUGACUAUGAUGAUUUUAGCAAGGGGUUUCAUGGAAAAUGCUAAUGUACCAUAGGUAUUUCACACGUGUAAAUAAAGGGUGUGUAAAUUAAGCAUUACUGCCUAAGGUAUUUAUUUCAGAAUACCAAACAGUAGGCUUCAUUCUUAAAACUUAAUAAUAUGUCUUUGGAUGCACAGAAUUAAAAGACAGUAUUUAGGAAUCUCUUUGGAAACACUUGUAUUCGCUUUCUAUUCUGCAAAGUCAUUAUAAAUAAUACAAAAUAGUCUACACUGUAAAUGUUUAUCACAUUACCAUUUACUUCCCAUCUCAGCAUUAAUUAUGUGUUCCAUUUAAAAUGUUUACAACAUCAAAAACAUAACCUCAAGAUAAAACUAUAAUACCUAACAAUGAUAAACGUGUUUUUAUUAAAGCCAACAUAAAAAGUAUCCAAAGGGACUCUGUAUAACUUUCUGUCGCUUUGCACUUUCUGUAGACUCUUGUGUUUUCUUCCUUCGUUUUUGUUUUCCAAGUAAGAAAUGUAUCCAUUUCAAACACCGAAAACAUAUUCAACAAGCCGCUGUUGCUGUUACUAAAAUGCAGCCGCGGUGAUAAAUAA